AUGUCCUCCCAAGCCUAUCAUGGUCAUUCCGCGACGUCACGUCAAUUCCCCGCCUACAAUCCCGUCGCCGCAACGGCUGCACCUGCGGGGACCUUGCUUCCGGGCACUAAGGUGCAGGUCGGCAGCCAUCGCGUGGUAGUGGAAAAGUACCUCUCUGAAGGUGGCUUUGCUCAUGUCUACGUGGUGCGAUUGCCUCAAGCUGUCAAUGGCUCCGAGACCGCAGUGCUCAAGCGGGUUGCCGUGCCCGACAAAGCGGCCCUCGCCAACAUGCGCACCGAGGUUGAAACGAUGAAAAAACUCAAGGGCCACCGGCAUAUUGUAAAGUAUAUUGAUUCGCAUGCUUCGCAGUUGCGCGGCGGCGGAUAUGAGGUGUUCCUGAUUAUGGAGUACUGCGCGGGCGGGGGUCUGAUUGACUUCAUGAACACCCGGCUUCAGCACCGCUUGACAGAGCCGGAGAUUGUGAAGAUAUUCUCGGAUGUGGCUGAAGGCGUUGCUUGUAUGCACUACCUCAAGCCCCCUCUUCUUCAUCGUGAUUUGAAGGUCGAGAAUGUAUUGAUUUCGGGCAAGGGGAGCUCCGCCACCUACAAGUUGUGUGAUUUUGGAUCCUCUGCACCCCCUCGUCCUGCUGCGACUUCGGCUGCCGAAGGUCGCUUGAUUGAAGAUGAUGUGCAGCGGCAUACAACAUUGCAGUACCGCAGCCCGGAGAUGAUUGACGUCUACCGGAAGCAACCCAUCGAUGAGAAGAGUGAUAUUUGGGCACUCGGUGUGUUCUUGUACAAACUAUGCUACUAUACGACUCCGUUUGAAGAGGUUGGUCAGAUGGCCAUUCUUAACGCGACCUUCAAAUACCCCUCCUACCCAUCAUUCUCGCCUCGGUUGAAGCUAUUGGUUGGUUCAAUGCUGAAGGAAGAUCCGCGCAACCGUCCGAACAUAUACGAGGUGGUGCGUGAGGCGUGUAAGAUGCAAGGAAAGGAUAUUCCGAUCAAAGACAUAUAUUCCAAUCGCUCUAUCUCCGAAGCGCGCAAGUACCAGGAGCUUCCUCCUACACCUGUAGAAGCCCCAGCUCCCGGCGCAACCUUCACCCCUCCGGUGCAAGAGACCGAGAUAAUCCCAGAGAUUGCGCCCAUGCGACGUGGUAGACCAGGGAAACCCCAGUCAUCCCACCCUAGCUCCGCGCGACCCAGUCCAUCGCCGUACCGUCCUCCGGCCGUUGGCUCCUCGACUGAUCCAUUCGCCGCUUUGGAUGGAGGUGCUCCCCGAAAGAAGACGCUAGAAGAGACGUCGAAACGCUUCCCAUCGUUGGACCAGUUUGAUAUUUUGCACGAGAAGGGUGACAAAUUCGAGUUCGAACCAGCUGUGGCAGAAUCGAAGUCCGAGGACGAAGAUCUUUCCCAGCGACUCACCAAUGCCUUGGCUGACGACGCCUUUGCCCGCCACCAGUCACCUGAGCGCGAGCAGAAACCAGCUUUCAAGCGACCAUCUGAAGCCUCGCCAGUGCGAUCUCCCAAUGCUCGUGAAGUGCCUACACGACAGCCAGCCCCGUUGUAUCAACCCACCCCCCAGCGCCCAACAAUGGUGUCGACUGGUACUAUGACUUCGCCUGCUCAAACACCUCGCCUGCCUGAGCCGAAGAUCUCGAGUCGCCCGAUUUAUCGAUUCCCAUCGUCCGACAACGAGCGUCCUUCUAGUCAAUCUUGGAAGGCAGAAGAACAGGCGCCGUCGCCUCCAAUGUCAGGCCUGAAGCCGGAAGCGAGUCCUCGCCUCUCAUCCGAUCAUAUGUCUACUCUGUCCAACUCCGCGCGCCCAUCCAUGGAGACCUUGCGCCGCCCAUCCGGGUUGGAGGUGAACGACCCUGUACGCUCUAAGUCUGCCGUGCCCAAAGCUCGUCCCCUGUCAGUACAAUCACCUGCGAGAUAUGACUUGCCACGUGAUUCUGAGAGCCCUCGCUCCUCUUUGGAUAUGUCUCGUGCCCAGUAUGAAGGUGGUGCGCCACUACGAUCUGUCCGUACCGACAUUGAUCGGGAUGCUGAUCGGGCUAAGAUUUCCUCGGAUGUCGACUAUCUACGAGCGAUGGAGGAAGAGGAAAGCAACCGGAAGCGUGAGAAACGCUCUAGCGGUAGCCACAAGCACAAACAGCGUGGCAGUCUCUCCACUCUUUCGCUCUCAGGAGGCAAGAACCUGUUUGCUGGACGAUUUGGCGAUGCUUUCCGCCGAUUCGAGGCGGGUAACCAGGAUAAACCCUCAACACCACCAUCUGAGGGCGUGCCUCAGCAGGUUUUGAUUGGAGGGUCUGAUUCGGGCGAAGAACGCUUCUCCCCUGACAAUGAGAUUGCUAUGAAAGAUGCUGACCGCGACGACAUCUCACCAGAGAUGCGUCGGGAGCUGGAGCGCCGUAGACUCUCACAAGAAGAGAAACGGGUUGCCAGUGCUGCAGCCGAGUAUCGGCGCCGGGUUGCUGAAAAGGGCGACGGAGGAAGGUCGGCCAGCGAUGGCCCUCGCUCCCGCACCAUUCAGGACAAGAUGCAGUCGUUGCUCGGAGAGUCUAACAAGCCCGUCGUUCCCAAGACAGCGACUGGAUAUGGCCGGUUCACAGAGACUUCCUCUCCUUUGCAGGCAAAGCAGAGUGAAACCCAACCCAUUUCCUGUAAGAUCCCCGCAUCUAGGACAUCCGGUCCUAGCUACAACUCCCGCGAGGGCUCCAUCGCCAUUCCAGACCGCCGGGAAGACAACAGCGCCCCAGCAGGACUCCCACAUUCUGGCAAAACCCCUAGCUACCCACCCACGCAACGUCCCGCCGCCAGACCAACCGCACCACCAAAGCCAAAGAACCUGCGCGUUGGCGGGGACACCUCGCGACCUGGCAGCAGCAAAGGCCAGGGCCAGAGUCCGUCCUUCCAAACAAUCCCGGCAAGCCCCGGCGGAGAAGACUGGGAAGCCAAUUUCAGCAAACGGUUCCCCAGUCUCUCCGGACUUGAGAUGGAGACGGAGAUUGAAAUCCCCAAAUACGCUAGUUUGCGGACUCGGGAAGUGUAG